CCGGGCUGGACUGACCGCGGCGGCUGAGCCCGGCGAGCACGCCCGCUCCCCGGCUCCCGCGGCCGCUGCCGGCCGGACCUGAGGCGGGAGGUGCGGAAGCAGCAGCGAGCGGGGAGGACGAUGUGGCGCCGAGCGGCCGGCGCCCAGGGCCGCCCGUGACUUGCAGCGGCGCGAACUCGGACUUUGUCUCCGGGGGCCCUUCCCCGGUUUCCGGUGUGGGGGGAGACCUCGGGGGGGCGGCCCGUGAGCCUCCCCACCCCCCCGGGCCCGGCUCCACCAUGUCCAAGAUGCCGGCCAAGAAGAAGAGCUGCUUCCAGAUCACCAGCGUCACCACGGCCCAGGUGGCCACGAGCAUCACCGAGGACACGGAGAGCCUGGACGACCCGGACGAGUCGCGCACGGAGGACGUGUCCUCCGAGAUCUUCGACGUGUCCCGGGCCACGGAUUACGGCCCCGAGGAGGCGUGCGAGCGCAGCUCGUCGGAAGAGACGCUCAACAACGUCGGGGACGCGGAAACCCCCGGGACCGUGUCGCCCAACCUCGCCAUCCUGGACGGGCAGCUGGCGGCCGCCCCGGCUGCGCCCGCCAACGGAGGAGGAGCCGCGGGAGGAGCAGCAGCAGCAGGCGGCGGCGUGGCGGCCCGGAGCGUGGCGGCGGCGCUCGCCCAGACGGCGGCGGGGACGGCGGCCGCCCCUCCCGCCCCGGGCCCCGGGAGCGCGACUCCAUCGCAGCCCCCCGCCGCGUGUAGCUCCCGAUUCCGCGUCAUCAAGCUCGACCAGGGCAGCGGCGAGCCGUACCGGCGCGGCCGCUGGACGUGUAUGGAGUACUACGAGCGGGACUCGGACAGCAGCGUCCUCACGCGCUCCGGGGACUGCAUCCGGCACAGCAGCAGCAACCUGGAGCCGGCGGCCGAGCGCGACAGCGGCCUGGGCGCCACCGGGGGCUCGGUGGUGGUGCUGGUGGCCUCCGUGCAGGGGGCGCACGGGCUGGACUCGGGGCCCGGCAGCUCCCUGGCCGCCGCCGUGUCGCAGCUCCCCCCGUCGGAGAAAACGGGCCAGCCCGCCGCCGCCCCGCCGCCCGGAGCUGGGGCUGUGGCUCCGCCGUUCCCGGGAGCCCCGACCGCGCCGCAGCCCCCGACGGCAGGCGCCCUCCCGGGCCCAGCGGGCCAGGCCCUGGCAGCCACGAACGUGACCCUGGCGCAGCCCGGCCCGGCGGGCGGCGCCCCCUUCCCGCAGCAUCCCCCGCAGUUGGCGUUUCCCCAGCCGCAGAGAGCGCCGGGGCCCCUGCCGCCCGGCCAGCCCGACUUCCUGCAGCCGCACGCCGCCCUGCAGCCGCCGAGCCCUGCGCAGCCCCCCGCCGCCUUCGCCCUGGGCCCGGGCCUGAGCGUCCCGUCGCUGGGUGCGCAGAUGAUGGGCGCCCCUGCCCAGCCCGGCGACGCCGUGGCCCCGGGUCCUGUGCCUGGCGUCCAGGCCGCCCCCUGUCAACCCGCGGGAGUGGCCCCGGCUGCUCUAGGAGGCGUGGUGCAGCCGGGCUCGGGGCUCUCCGGGGCCGGGCAGCCCCAGGCCGUGCCCCCGCCGCAGAUGGGCGGCAGCGGCCAGCUGUCAGCCGUGCCCGGUGGUCCCCACGCCGUGGUGCCCGCAGUUCCCAACGUGCCUGCAGCCGUACCCGCGCCAAGCGUGCCUAGUGUGCCCACCGCCUCCGUUGCCGUGCCGAACGUCCCCGCGCCCCUGGGCCAGCCUCAGCCGCUGAGCAGCCAUACGCCAGUCAGCCGGAGCGGCGGCGUCAUCCAGCCCGUCGGGCCGCCCUCGGCGCAAGGCACGCACAGUGCGCCGACGAGUCUCCCGCAGUCUGACCUGAGCCAGUUUCAGACUCAGACCCAGCCUCUAGCCGGGCAGGUUGAUGAUACUAGAAGAAAAUCAGAACCCCUACCUCAAGCGCCACUUUCUCUCAUUGCUGACAGUAAGCCCAUUGGGAAGCCUCCAGUUGCAGACGCCCUGGCGAACCCCCUCCAGCUUACACCUAUGAGCAGCCUGGCCACCUCUGUGUUCAGCAUAGCUAUUCCUGUUGAUGGUGACGAAGACAGGAAUCCUUCAACUGCUUUCUACCAAGCGUUCCAUUUGAACACGUUUCAGGAAUCAAAGAGCCUCUGGGAUAGUGCAUCUGGGGGCGGUGUUGUAGCCAUUGACAACAAAAUAGAACAAGCGAUGGAUCUGGUGAAAAGCCAUCUGAUGUAUGCGGUGAGAGAAGAAGUGGAGGUUCUAAAGGAGCAAAUAAAAGAAUUAGUGGAAAGGAACUCUUUACUUGAACGAGAAAAUGCACUGUUAAAAUCUCUUUCAAACAAUGAUCAGUUGUCCCAACUCCCAGCCCAACAGGCCAAUCCUGGUAGCACUUCUCAACAACAAGCAAUGAUAGCACAGCCUCCUCAGCCAACGCAACCUCCACAGCAGCCGAAUGUCUCCUCAGCAUAAAGCUUUCUUAAGCCUCAUUAAGGAAAAGCCGAAAGCAAUCUUUCCUUGUGUGCCACUGGUGUUCUAUCCACUUUGUAGAAAGCAAGUAGCCAUGCUUCGGCUGUGCGCUUGGCCUUUUCAGUAUUAGACAAUCGUUGUGCGGGGGCUUUCCCUCUCUAGGAUGCCACGCAGCACUGUUGGUGUCCACGUCUGUGUCAUCCGUGCGUGAGGAGAGUACUAGACGGGUUAUUGGAGCGAGCAGAGUCUACAUCCUACAUGUGCGCAUGAGUGGGGUCUUUAAAAGCUUUGGUGGCUCUCCCAGGUUCCUUGUCACCCAUGGGUUUGCCUUGAACCUUGCUGUCACAUUAUAAAUAACAGUUCAUCUAAAGAGCCACUUUUCUUUCAAUAUCAGUAACAUUUGCCUACGUAAGGUUUCAUUUAUUUUGUGUUUUAUUUAUUACAGGGCUGCUAUUUUCAUAAUGUACAUGAACAAUGUCACAGAAUUUUUUUAAUUUUUGUGAAUAAUUCUAAGUAUCAGUAAAGGAAUUGAAAGACAGGAUUACAUUUAAUAAAUAAAACGUUUAGGCAAUAAUUGAACAAAAGAAUCCUGGCACAUUUCUAACACUAAUGGCAAUUUACCGUUGGUAUUUAUUUUCAAUAGUAAAGAUCCAGCUUGAAUGUAAAUUUUGUAUAGUGUAAGUAUGAAAAACACAGUGCACCUGUACAGGUAGUCACCAGUUAUUGUGAUAUAAUUAAAUAAUUGGGCUAUUUUCAUGAAGAAAACUUUGUUCAUUUGUUUCUACUUUCUAAUAGAAAUUGCCACGAUUCCUCUGCUUUUCAACAUUUCGUAUGACUUUUUUUUUUUUUUUUUUUUUUUUGGGUGGGAAUAAAAAAAAGCUGUGAAAUUGUUCAACCUACUUUGUAACCAAAGAAGCAAAGCUGUGUAAUGGAGUUUUGUUUUGUUUUAUAAUGCACAUUCUUUAUGUAUUUUUAUUUAGUGUUUUCUUGGUCACAAUUUUCUUUGCUGUCUAGCAUGAUCUGCAUGGCCUGUAAUCUUUGAACCACUUUGGUACCUCAUGUUUUUAUCCAGCACUCUUAUUGUACUGUGUACUAGUCUGUGAACAAUGUCAAAUAAAAAGAGCGGACAGGUCGUAUGGUGGAGCUGAGCUAGUGUACAAUGCACCAGUUGUACAAAAACAAAAAUGAAGUGAGCCAUCUUUUGUUCAUUUAAAAUGGUGUUUUGAAUUUCAUAUGCAGAAAACGUUUUGUUACAUUGCAAAUUUUAAUGUAUUUAAUAAACGCAACAUGCAGAUUAAGUGCAGUGUAUACUGAGUAUUUAAAUUAAAAUGUACAUUUCAUAAGUACAGUUUCAAGAGAAAGCAUCAUUUUGUGUAUACUAACACAUAAGUGUAUGUCAGAAAUUGAUGUAAAAAUAUAUAUUUUAACACAUUUUCUGAAAUUAAACUACAGUUUUGUUCAAAUAUUUGGCUCUAUAUGUGUUCAGAAUUUGAAUAGAUUUGUAUUUUCACGGUUUAAAAAUAAUUCCUUAAAUGAAAACUCAUGAUGUUAUUAAUGACAAUGGUAGUUCUUAAAUUUUCAAAGUAAAAUAAUUUAAAGAACACAAGAAUGGUGAGCAAUAUUUGUAUUCAAUAUUCAUAUUAUGUUAACAAUAUAAAUAGGAAAUCCUCGUCUACCAAAACUUUUACUUGAAUUCAGAAAGGUGCCUGUAGAAAUGAACAUGUCCUGUAUUGGUAGCCCACUAGCUCAUUCAGUCUUAAUGAGAAACAGUGGUUAGCUCUCCAUCUUAGAAGAGGUUAAAUGUUCUUUGUCUGUUUUAAUCAUUCUAGCCUCAAACAAAAGUCAAAAUUGAAACACACAUGAGAUUACCAAAUAUUUUAUAUUCUAGUUGUGCUAUGGGAAAUAAUGCUCAGCAAAAUUUUUAUGUUAAUUAGUAACAUUAGAAAUACAAGAACUAGAUAAGUAUGUAGACCUGAGUAUGUUAUAAUCCUAAGGAUGCAGAGUGAGAUUCUAGCAGAGCCACUGUGGGCAUGAUGGGGUGGGAAACUGCUGUGGUGUGUGAACACGAAGAUUCCUUUGGUGCCUUCCAGUGCUGAUAGUAUGGUACGUCAUGCAAAGAGAAACUAACGUAAAAAGGGUUGCAGGAGGAGACAAUUUAAUGGCAGACUGCUGCCCAAGAAUGCACAAGAUCUUCUAUUUGAUGUCUGGCACUGUGAUUUUUGUGAAGAUAAAUGAGUUUUUAUUCUAGGAAUAGGAAAACAUAAGCAAAAUGCAGUAGCAGUCACCAAGGAAAUAAUUAAUAUUUUAUGGUUUAUAAUGGUAACAACAAUUGCCACCACUCCUUUAAGAGAGGAGGAAAGUCUUAGUAAAAGAUUAACAGAAAAACUUGUUCCAAAAAGAUUAACCCUCUAGUGAACUGAGAAACUAAAUUAUUUCAAUCAGUUAUUACAGCUUUUAAACAGCAGGAGUUAAUAUAGUAAGUAAGGUGGACUUUCCUGUGUUCUCCAGGAUGAAAUUUGACAGUGUAUGUCAAGAGCUUUAGAUAUAGUAAACUAGCUCAGUGGAGUGAUGCUUAAGGUGCAGUGUUCAAAAAAUGCAAGUGUAUGCCUGUCCUGUGUGUCCACUCCUUCCCUUGGACCUCAAAAAGUUUAUUGACCACUUACCCUGUACCUAUUUAAAGUUGUCCAAUGAAGUUUCCAUCUAAAUCUGUUGCCAUCUCAUUGAGGGCCAUUGAACUUCAGAGUCAGGAGCAAAGCUGAGCAAGGUAUUGUACUUUUGUUUGAAAGUAAUUGAGUUUGAGUCGUUUCUCCCUAAUUGGUUUGUUUAGGAUCUUCAUUUAAGUUCGAUCUCCGUUGGGUUUAGAGUCUCCAUAUAUGUAGAAUAUCAACUAGUUGAAAUUCCAUUUUGGGGCAAGUCUUAGAGGAAUGUAAUCCACCUUUAAUUUUCUCAGUCUCAGCCUAUAGACCAGCUGCUGCUACAUAAGCUUGAUGUUGGUUUAAUUUUUUUGAUACGGUAAUGCGUGUAUAGUUGGAACCUUACUUUGCCCAAAGGAAAUUAUUUUUAGGUAGUCCUGAUGUAAUCUUAAAAUGCAUCCAACAAAACAAAAAUGUGCGGGGAGUUGGAGAAUUUAGCAUUCAGCUUUUUUUUUUUUUUAACUGUUAGAUGAAGCUGUUUGGCCCUGGUGACAGGUCCUUUAUGAUGGAUAUGUUUAAAUUCUCUUCGUGAUUCUCUUGAAAGGGGAAAGCCCUGUCUUCAGAAUUUACAAUUGAAUUGAGGCUACAGAAACUAACCAAUACAAUGAGACAAGAAAUACAGUCAAGGGGGGAUUGCUCAGGGGUUUCCUGAAAGGUAGCCUCUGAGCCUUGAGGGUCACAAGAAGGGCAUUCCAAACACAAGAAAAGCCUGCUCAAAGCUCUGAAAACAAACAGCGGUCUUAGCACAGAAUUUUAUGCCCCAUCAAUAUUUGGCACUAUUAACAGUGAGUCGUUGGAUGAUGACUAGUGGAAUGUACUCAUUUCAAUUCAAUGGUAGAGUGGAAACUGGGGACAGAUAAUUGAGUAAAAAUAAUCCAGUUAAGUGAGGCAGCAUGGGCAAAUUGUCUGAAGUUUAUUGAAAAAAAGCUGAGAAUUCUCCACCCCUUUUGAAUAUCCCACCCCCAAUGUCAGCACUUGGCUUUGUUCUCUUGUUUCCUUGAGGAAACAACACAUUAGCCAAUACUUGAAAGUUUGGUCAGUCUUGUGUCCAGUAGCCAUGCAUCUGCAAAAUUAAUGCCUUUGUUUCCAGUUGAAGGAAUUGUAAGAAUUUGACAGAAGAGUAAGGCAAACAGGAAAUUUGGUCACUCUGCCUCUGUAAAUGCAGCCCAAUGUUAAUAAAUCCUCUGGUAACCAGGUCACCAUAAUUCCACAGCCUCUUGCUCCCUGGAAAGAGUAUGAAUUCUGACUCCAGUGCAGAUACUAACAUAUAAGGAUAGGUUUUCCAAUAGCCUUAUUGUCCAUACUCUGUUGAUGCAAUAACAGACUUUCCCUGCCCUCCCCAGCUUUAAGCCCUCUAAUAAUUCAUGUUUCUACUUUCUAAUGCUAAUCACUUCUGGUGUUUAUUAGCACCAGUUGACAAGCUGACAUUCCAAGGUACAUCCCUGUCUCCUACUUCCAUAGCAGAUCAUGAAUUUCUCCAUCUAAAUCUUUUUCAAUGCCCAUCUUCCCUACAUAAGUGAAGAGUUAUACAAGUGUGCCCUUAGUGGGCUACAUUGGUCUGCCAUGUUCAAAUGUAGAAAUUGCUAAAAAAACAAAACAAAACAAAACAAAAACUAUAGAAAGCAAUGUAAAAUUCACAGACCUGCACUUUUCUUUCUUCUGUGUUUUAAUGAAUUUUUCAAAAAAUCGGCAGUCCUUUAGGAUUGGUGAUUAGCGAUGGCAAGACAAGCUGUUAUUUCACGCUGGCACAGUCCACUUGGGACACUGAACUUGUUCAGCAUGAUUAGAUAGCGAGUUAGCUUAGUUUUCCUUUUCUUACCAGGGGAACUGAUAAAGUAGGCAGUUUGGAAUAUUUUCUGACUGCCUAGUGUCAUGGAUCCAGAGUCCCUGUGUUUACAGGCUAGGACCCGCCCACAGAAGCCAUAAUGUUCCUCUAGAAGAAGGAAGGAAAGGAGACAUGCUAAUAUAGAAAAAUGAUUGAAGCUUAAGACAAGCCCAGUGACACACUUCAGUUUCUCCAUAAUGAAAGUUGAGGGCACUUGAAGCUCCAACUGUUUGCAUGCUUUCAUUAUUUCCAUAAAAUAACUGCAAAGUGCUCUUGCCCGCUGCAGUCCGAACGGUCUUCCAGAUCACAGUUUCUACUGUCAUAUCAGAAGCAAUCAGCUCGUCUGUAGAUACAUAACCCUGAAGAAGACAGCAGACAAGGAGGCUUCUCCCACACAUGGCAUCUGUGGCACUAGGCCAUUGUCUAGUUCACUGAGAAAUACCAUUUGCAAAUCUCUUGUCUUACACAGACAAACAUGCAUGCUGAAGUUUGGGGAAAUAAUUUGGGCUUUAUUUUUUUUUCUUAGAAAUGUUGGAAAGCAAUUCAAUUCUAUCUCAACUUAGGUGCUUAUCUCUAUACUGAAUGUUUAAGAACAGAAAGCUGUUUAGGGCAUGAUCAGUGCCUCAAGAGCUUAUCGUCCAAUGAGAAAGUAGAGGCUGAGGUACCACGUUGCUUAUCCAGAACAGUUUAUAAACCUUGUGGCCUUUGUUAGAUGGAAGGUUCUGUAAAUCAGUAGUAAUUUUCUGUGUCAUGUGAAACACUUUGCCAUUGCCAGGAAAUAACUAAAUCACCAAAAAGCUUUAGCAAAACUAAUCCUGGAAGAGGAGACCAGGCAAAAGAAGACUUUCCACACUAUUCUGAGCCUGGGAGUUGCCCCUAAAAAGGAACUAAUCUGAGAGAGAUGUUUACACAUUUUUAAUACUCUCGGUUUGUAGAUAAUGGAUCUAAUUUAAUCUAACAACUAGAAUUUACAUGUCAUGAAUUAUAUUGUCUCUUGUCUGAUAAGUAACAUGCAUUUUGGCUGUCUUAACCAGCUGUCAUUCAACAAAUGAAGUUAAUAACUCAGGUACCUGAUGCCAAAAAUAAAUCUCUAAUGGAACUGAGAAUUCAGAGAUAAAUACAAGGCUGUAUGUUAAGUAAGUGGUAAGCCUUACAUUUCUGAUGAGGGAGUGGGAGAGAGAAUGGCUUAGUCAACAGGUAGUAUUGAGACUGUAACCUUAGGGGGCUAAGUUUCCCUAAAGUUAGCUCUCACAAAAAUUAAAAAUUCCAGCCACACUAGAAGUAAGUCUUCUGCUUUGGAAAUUCAAAGCCUUGAUAAUACGUGAAAGUGAAUAGUUUCACAAAUAAGUUAUGGAGAACUGCUCAGCCUUGGCAAAGCAAAGCGCACAUGGAACGCGCCAUCUCAGAUCCAGCUGGGGGGCGUGAAACACGUGAGGACCAACUGACGAGUGUGAGAAAGCAGGGAUCUGCCAGCUGGAUAACUGAAGUUUCAGAUGCCCUGUGACCCCAGGGCUCCAAGUUUUAACAUCCACCCUAGAACACACACACAUGUUCACAAGGCAGCUCGUAAGAGUAUACAAUUGGAAAAACCAAAAUCCACCAAGAUGAUGGAAUAUGCUCGAUGCUACAUCAUAUUAGGUAUCAGUGAAAAAGAGUGACGAAACAGGAAUGUGUGCUGACAGUAGAUCUCUAGGAUGCAAUGUUAACUUUGUUAAAAGUCUGGGGGGAAAAUACAUGUAAUACACAUGAUACUGUUGGUGUUUAAAAAAAAAACAUGCCAUACACAAUACUGUAUAGUGUACUUCUGCAAAUACCUUUCUGUGUACAAUAUAAAUAUAGAGAGAAGGUUUGGAAGAAUACUAACCAAGCUGUUUACAGUAGUUUGGUGGUGUGCGUUAGCUUAAACUGUAAUAUUUGAUGUUUUUGAAUCUGCAUUCAUGUACCGUUUGUGUAAUGACAAAUUAAUAAAUUAGAAAUAAAAUGCAA